AGACCAAAGCCUAUUAAGGACACCCGGCCGGAGCCUCCCUCCCCUCAGCUGGCCCCAGGAGGGGACACCGGGUGGGGGGACCCUGGACCCCCAGCUACUUUCCUUGCCCCUGCCCUGGCCUCAACCCCACUGGCCCCACUGGGGGUUCUGUCCAGCCAAGGCACAGGUUGAAGGGUGUGGGGGACCAGGGGUAUUGGACUGGGAAGGUUGGAUGGAAGGAGGCCGAAAGGACUGUGGAUCUGUGGGUCAGCAAGAACUCAAAGCUGUAGGAUUAAAGAGGAAGGUGGACGACGCCAUGCUGAUGUUCGACAAAACCACCAACCGGCACCGAGGGUUCGGGUUUGUCACGUUUGAGAGUGAAGACAUCGUGGAGAAAGUGUGUGAAAUCCAUUUCCAUGAAAUCAACAACAAAAUGGUGGAAUGUAAGAAAGCUCAGCCAAAGGAGGUGAUGUCCCCAACAGGCUCAGCCCGGGGGAGGUCUCGAGUCGUGCCCUAUGGAAUGGAUGCCUUCAUGCUGGGCAUCGGCAUGCUGGGUUAUCCAGGUUUCCAGGCUACGACCUACGCCAGCCGGAGUUACACAGGCCUUGCCCCCGGCUACACCUACCAGUUCCCCGAAUUCCGUGUAGAGCGGACCCCUCUCCCGAGCGCCCCAGUCCUCCCCGAGCUUACAGCCAUUCCCCUCACUGCUUACGGACCAAUGGCGGCGGCAGCGGCGGCAGCAGCUGUAGUUCGAGGGACAGGCUCUCACCCCUGGACGAUGGCUCCCCCUCCAGGUUCGACUCCCAGCCGCACAGGGGGCUUCCUGGGGACCACCAGCCCUGGCCCCAUGGCUGAGCUCUAUGGGGCGGCCAACCAGGACUCAGGGGUCAGCAGCUACAUCAGCGCCGCCAGCCCCGCCCCCAGCACCGGCUUUGGCCACAGUCUUGGGGGUCCCUUGAUUGCCACAGCCUUCACCAAUGGGUACCACUGAAGCAGGGGACAGGUGGCAGGAGCGCCCCAGCCUGCAGCUGACUGAGGACCUCGAGUGAGCCGGGAGGGGGCGGACACCUCAGCCGCAGCCUCCUCCCCCUCUCCCCGCAGCAACUCCACUUGGAUGCUACUGCCUGCCCCCCACUCCCCGGGCCCAGCCCCUGCCCUGCCGCCCUGACGUCGUCCGGCUCCCUUACUAACUGCCCUCUUUCUGCCUUCUCCCCACUCCCUCAACCCCUCCCCGCCCGUUUUUAUUUAUUUUUGGAUUAGCCAGUUGACCCCCACUUCCCUGUACGUCUCUCCUGGGUCUGCACCCCUCCCUUUCCUCGCCCGUAUAGGACCCCUUCUCCCCCAGAAGGCUUUUGUAUUUGUGCAUAGCUAGAAUGAGGGUGGAGGGAGCCUGCUACAGGCCGCGGCCCCAACCCUUGUUUUUUAUUCUGAGAUUCCCUCCUUUACUCUUUCCUUUUUUUUUUUUUUUUUUUU